CCAAUUUCUCAUAUAACCCGGCCCACACCCCUCAUUUCCUUUAUCUUCUUCUCGCCAAAACGCAGGGCGAAGAACCCUAAUCUCGACGUAGAUUAACCGUUCCUCCUUCGAAUUCGUACAAUCCAGCGAGAAUCUUCCAGAAUUCGCCGGCAACGGUAAUUGUUAAGAAGUCCACCGAUUUGAACUUCCCAAAUUCAUAUGGGGAAAAAUGAUUUCUUGACCCCGAAGGCAAUUGCCAACAGAAUCAAAGCAAAGGGCCUGCAGAAGCUGCGAUGGUACUGCCAAAUGUGCCAGAAGCAAUGUCGAGAUGAAAAUGGAUUCAAGUGCCACUGCAUGAGCGAGUCCCAUCAACGUCAAAUGGAAAUCUUUGGUCAGAAUCCUAAUCGCAUUGUUGGUGGCUAUUCUGAGGAAUUUGAGAGCUUAUUUCUUGAGCAUAUGAAGCGUAGUCACCGCUUUAGUCGUGUUGCUGCAACUGUUGUGUACAAUGAGUAUAUCGCUGAUCGCCACCAUGUCCAUAUGAAUUCCACUCAAUGGGCAACAUUAACUGAGUUUAUCAAGUACUUGGGGAAAACAGGAAAGUGUAAAGUUGAAGAGACCCCGAAAGGUUGGUUUAUUACCUAUAUUGAUCGAGAUUCCGAGACUCUUUUCAAAGAAAAAAUGAAAAACAAGAGAAUUAGGGCCGACCUAGCAGAUGAAGAGAAGCAGGAAAGGGAUAUUAAGAAGCAAAGAGAGCGUGCUGAGCAGUUGAUGGGUGGGGGAAAUAUGGAUGGUGUUGUGGAGGUGAUGGAGUUGCAUCCUAAUCUCAUGGCGAAAUUGGAGGCUGAGAAGAAGAUCAAGUUAACAUUAGGCUCGACAUCAAAAUCUGUUGUGAAAGAGAGAGCAGGAAGCUCAAAAUCCGUGUUUGAUGAGAUAGAUAAUGAGAAGAGGGAAAGAGGUAACAAGGACAGUCGUAAGACUGGUAAACGUGAAAGUUGCCCAGUGUUGGAUGAGAUAAUGAGAGAGGAAGAGGAAGAAAGGGAUCGGAAUAAUAGGAAAGAUUACUGGUUAUGCGUGGGGAUAAUUGUGAAGGUAAUGAGCAAGGCUUUGGCUGACAAGGGUUACUAUAAGCAAAAGGGUAUUGUUCGCAAGGUUAUUGAUAAGUAUGUUGGGGAGAUUGAGAUGAUUGAAACUAAGCAUGUUCUAAGGGUUGAUCAGGAAGAGCUUGAGACUGUAAUUCCUCAACUUGGAGGUCUUGUGAGGAUCGUUAACGGUGCUUAUCGUGCAUCAAAUGCCAGACUGUUAGCAGUUAAUACAAGGAACUUUAGUGCUAAAGUACAAAUUGACAAGGGAAUAUAUGAUGGAAAGGUUCUCAAGGAUAUUGAUUACGAAGAUAUAUCAAAAAUUGCAGAAUAAACAGGGAUACAAGAACUUGUUAGUACUUAUUGAUGUUUUUUGUUUUGGUAAGUCAUCAAUCGUUUGUGCUGCUCUUAUGUGGAUGUUGAUUCUUGUAUUUUUGGGAACAAUAGUCAUCCAAGUUU